CUGUGAGUCUCCGCGGUGUCAUGCACAACAAUCCACAUGAUAAGAUGAGUGGACUGACAGUUUCAGAAGUGGAUUGAGAGCUGUCGAACUGCCAAAUCUGAUCCAGAGCAUGGCUUCACCUGUAUGCGCUGGCUGUGACGGGCAGAUCUCAGAUCGGUUCUACCUGCUCGCGGCGGACAGACAGUGGCACGAGCGCUGUCUGAAAUGCUGCGCGUGUCACGCUGACCUGGAGUCAGAGCUCACGUGCUUCUGUAAACACGGAGACAUUUACUGCAAAGAGGACUAUUACAGUAGGAGUUUUCCUUUGCAAAGAUGUGCACGGUGCCACCUUGGGAUCUCAGCGGCAGAUAUUGUGAUGCAUGCCAGGGAUCUUGUGUACCACCUGAACUGUUUCUCCUGCGCCACUUGUGACAAAGUUCUGUUCACUGGAGAUCACUUCGGGAUGAGAGAUACCUCAGUGUACUGUCGGCUUCAUUUUGAGAUGAUGCUACGGAGGGAAUGUCACACAGAUUUCUAUUAUUCAGACAUGUCUCCAACAGAGCCGAACUCAGAAACGUACAUACACAUUAAAGGGACUCCUGUGAAAAGAGGACGACCCAGAAGGAGGAAAAACUUAGAUGCAGCAGACCAUGUUGAUUAUAAUUCAGAUGUGAGCUAUAGGGGUGUGGAUCUGUUGGAGAAAGUGAGGCAGUUUAGUUGUCAGAAAUCCAAACGCAUGAGAACGUCUUUCAUGCAUCACCAACUGCUCAGCAUGCAGGCCUUCUUCACCCACAACCACAAUCCAGAUGCCAAAGACCUCAAAGAGCUUGCGCAGAAAACAGGCCUCACCAAACGUGUGCUCCAGGUUUGGUUCCAGAAUGCCCGUGCAAAGUACAGGAGAAAAUGUCUGUAUCAGGAGAGCAUGGGAUCAGACAAUUAUUUGGAAUCUGACAAUUUCACCAUCACGUCACCAUCUGUGCCAUCACCCGAGCUUUCUCUAACAUCCAUGAGCCCAUCCAGCCCCAACAGCAUCUCUCCAUCACAACACGGACACACAAACCACAACACCAUGAGCCCAUCACUGCUUUCUCCCCAUUUUUUUCUGAGAUCCUCUACCAUUUGAUAUUUUUACUAAGCUGUUUUCCUCAUGGGGACAGUUGCCUGGUCCCACAAUGUCAGAAAUAUAGUUUUUACUCAUUGUGGGGACAUAUGGGAAAACAAGCAUCCACAUUAUGAAAAAAUAUGUGCUUGUUUAUUCAGCACUGGUGUGUGUGGUUAUAUGCAAGUCUUAUGUGCAUAAAGUUUGUUUAGCUGUUCUAUAAUUACCCUUAUCCCUACCGAGGUGAUUGUGGUUUGCAUUACGCAGUUACGAGCUGAGAGUGAGCUCUGCCAGCACUGGCGAGAUUGUCGUACAGUCACAGCAUGAAGCAGAGAUUAGAGAGAGAAGAAGAGAGAGAAAGGGAGAGAAAGAUAUUUUGAACAGUGUUUGUUCCAUGACCGCUCUGUUUUAUUAGCUGCUAAUGGAGUCAAAGUUUUGAUGUAUGGAAUUUCUCUUCGUUAUGGUGUAUGUAAAUUAACGCACUCUCAUAACAUAAUUCUUUUCACUCAGAGAGAAAAAGGAAAAGGAUCAUGGAAAUGAUAAAAUGAUUUGUUUUUGCAUGUAUACUUGUGGUUGUGGUUACACCAAAUGUUUACUUUACAAUGAAAGUCUAUGGGAUUUUUUCACCAGUUUUAUCAUCCAUCUGCAAAACUGUGAGUUUUAUCACUUAGAAAAGAGAUAGCACACUUUUGAAGCUGCAGAGCUCGAGGUAUCAAUUCAUGUGCUUGCACAAAUGGUGUUAGAGGAGUUCGUAUACCAAAGAUUAAUUUUUAAGGUUUGUUCAAAUCCCUAACUCUUUAAGUUUGAGAAAUAGUAAUAGUGAUUCUUGCCUUAGCAAACACUACUAAUCAUACACUUUUUGGCUGCAUUACUGAAGGAGUAUGGGUUGGAUCAUUAACAUUAAUACCAAAACAUUCCUGACCGGAUUUAUUAAUAGGUAGAGUCGUAUUUAACGUCGGAUUAUCUGUGAAAUCCAGGGGGCGCUACUGACCUUCAAAAGACUGAAAUGUCAGAUGACUGCUUAACAAAGAAUCUUAAAAAUCCACAAACCAUACCAGCAUGAUAUCACACACACAUACACACACACACACACACACACACACACACACACACACACACACACACACACACACACAUAUGGUAAAACCAUAGCUUCUCUACAUGCACACACACACACACACACACACACACACAUAUGGUACAAAGAUAGCUUCUCUACAUGCACACACACACACACACACACACACAUGGUACCAACAUAGCUUCUCUACAUGCACACACACACACACACAUAUGGUACCAACAUAGCUUCUCUACAUGCACACACACACACACACACACACACACACGUACCAACAUAUCUUCUCUACAUGCACACACAAUAGUAAUGAAAAAAGAGAAAUUCUUCACAUGCUCUUUAUAAUUUUAUGGCAUUUCUUUUUUUCAUUUGCUACUAAAUAGGGAACCUUGCAACUUCCCCUAUUCUUGAAGUACUGUAGUGUCUGCAACAAUAAAAACUUUGACAUGGGGUUUGUGAGCGUGUAUUUAUCACUUUGUGGGGACCAAAUGUCCCCAUAAGGAUAGUAAAACCUGAAAUUUUUGACCUUGUGGGGACAUUUUGUCGGUCCCCAUGAGGAAAACAGCUUAUAAAUCAAACUAAAUUAUGUUUUUUGAAAAUGUAAAAAUGCAGAAUGUUUUCUGUGAGGGUUAGGUUUAGGGGUAGGGUUAGGUUUAGGGGAUAGAAUAUAAAGUUUGUACAGUAUAAAAACCAUUAUGUCUAUGGAAAGUCCCCAUAAAACAUGGAAACACAACGUGUGUGUGUGUGUGUGUGUGUGUGUGUGUGUGUGUGUGUGUGUGUGUGUGUGUGUGUGUGUGUGUGUGUUUUAAGGCACUUGUCCAAAAGGCAUUCUUUCAUAAUUUCCCCUAUGAAUGACAACUAUGCAGGCUGAAAAUCUGUGUGCGUGCGAGAUGGCAAAAACUACGGCGAACUCAAGAAAGAUGUGGGUUCGCUUCACAUAAACCAAAGCGGGCCACAUGAA